UGGUCAUCGGUCUGGGUGAGGCGCAACAUUCCCCGCGCAUGCGCAGAUCCGGUGUAAUCUACGUCAUGUCCGUGGGAAACGUCGGCUGGUAGUUCACGAAUGUUCAGCGAGAUAAUUAUAUCUUCUUUCUUUAGUAUUUAAUUUGAUAAAUGUGAAGAUGAUUCUCACAGUAAAGCCGCUUCAAGGAAAAGAGUGUAAUGUUCAGGUGACAGAAAAUGAAAAGGUGUCAACAGUAAAAGAGCUGGUAUCCGAGCGUUUAAACAUCCCUCCCAGUCAGCAGAGACUGCUGUAUAAAGGAAAGGCACUUGCAGAUGAACACCGGUUGAGUGAUUACUCCAUCGGCCCGGAGGCCAAGCUGAAUCUGGUGGUGCGUCCGGCGUGCGAGCGGAGCGGGAACAGCAGCAGUAGUCCUGAUAAAGCAGGCAGUGGUGUGUGGCAGUUAUUGUCAACUGUCCUGGCCAAACACUUCAGCCCAGCCGACGCAGCAAAAGUGCAGGAGCAGCUUAUUAAGGAUUAUGAACGCUCGCUCAGACAGCUGAGUCUGGAUGACAUCGAGCGUCUGGCCAGCCGUCUGCUGCAUCCAGAGAUAGAGGGCAUGGACACCUCCUACAUGGACUGAAGCACACUAGACUGAUGGAAACCCUCCAGCCGCCGUCAGGGAGCGGGACGUACUUCAUAUGGACUUUUAGGGGCCUCUCUGAUCUUCAAGUUGCUUUCCCAUCAGAGGAAACCAGUGGUGCUUUUAGUGCAACUUUGUAAAUAUUGUAUGCAUAUUAUUAAAUUACAAUAAAAAGUGGUCUUUA